GAAUGCAACCUACGUCACGCAAAUGGCGGACGUUGUAAACAGUGACAGCAGCUUCUGGGACUCCAAAGUGAAACAUCUUUUUUAAGAUGAGUAGUUUAGACUGUGAGCGUUUGGACAGUCUGGAGGGUUGGGUGGCGGUCAAAAGUAACAUAUUUGAAGAAACCGAUACGUUUAAGCUGGGCUUCAUCGUACAAUGGAACGUCAUCGAGAGUAAGUUUGCCGUCACCUGCCACAACAGGACGCUGCAGCGACAGAAGCGCAAAGCCGAAAUUCCCGUCGGCGACUCCCAGAUGAGCUGGGCCGGUCUGUUCUCCGCCACCGACCUGACGCACAUCCACCAACAACUCACAUGCGUGGCAGACGUCCUAGGCUCGUGCUUUCCGGAUCUAUGCGAGUUUGAGGAAGGGAACAUCUGGGAUUUGCUCUUCCCGUACCGGAGGUCGGGCGCGGAGGACGAGGGCGACAGAGACUUUGACAUGCCGUGCAGGAGACUCGAAAAGUAUUUCAGCACGGCCAUCGACGUCUGCGGACGGAAAAUUGUGCUGGACACAUUAUUCGCCCAGGAUGUGCGAGAUGUUGAGGAGUACUUUGAAAAUCUGCAAGAGUUCAAAAAGAAGAGCAUGCAGGAGGAGAUGUCCAGGGCCAAGAGUCACUUGCGACAGCUGUUGCAGAGUCACAGCAGCGCUGACAGAAUGGUUGUGCUGCUCAGCAUCUAUGAAGAUGAGGAUGAAGCUUAUCAGCAUCUGGUCACUGUGGCCACCACCUUCUUCCAGUAUCUGCUCCAGCCUUUCAGGGACAUGAGAGAACUGGCCUCUCUCUACAAGAUGGAGAUCCUGAAGUCUUUGGAGUUUGAGGACUUGGGUCCCAGGAGGAUUGCAGCUCUGGAGAAGGAGGCUGAGGAGUGGAGGAAGAAAGCAGAAGAUGCAAUCGCUUCGAUACAGGACAUCACAGUCACCUACUUUGCACAGACUUCAAAGGCUUUGGCUGCGAUACUGAAGCAGAUGGAAGAGGAUAAGUGCCGCUUUGGAGCUGCUGCUUGGGCGUCUGCAGCUCCCCGACUGGAGAAACUACGCUUCCUACUGGCCAAAGAAACCCUGCAGCACAUGAGAACUACUGAGAUGUGUCUUGGUCGCAAAAAAGACAGCAUCAGAGAAAGACUGGGGAGCCUGCCUGACAUAGUCCGGAACCAGAAAUCUGGGUGUGAGGACAGCUCACAGCAGAACACAGUGGACCAGCUGGAACUGCAGUUUUACGAAACCCAACUCGAACUGUACGACACAAAGUUUGAGAUCCUGAAGAACGAGGAGCAGCUUCUGGUGGCUCAGAUAGACACCCUGCGGCGGCAGAUUAAAGAACUUAAAGAGGAAGUGGUGUAUUAUGAUGUGUGUGAGGAUCCAGAGGAGCUGCAGAGCAUGGUCCACACAGGCGUGCAUCCAGCAGAGCCACCAGCUGUCACUCAGCUUAAAAGGCGCCUGCAGACCUUGGAGACCAAAAGAGGCAACAUCUGCGCCCGGCGAGCUUACCUCCGCAACAAAAAGGAUCAGUGCAUAGAGGCCCAGGAGCAGAAGCAGCUGGUGGCAAAGCAGAGCUCCAAACUCUAUAACCAGCAUCACCAGGUCCAAAUGAAACGAGAGAAGAGGAAAGAGGAGGAGCAGAGGAGGAAACAGUGGGUGGACCAGGAGCGAGAGAAGACUCUGAGCAGAUUACGAUCCUUCAGAGAGAAGCGACAGGGUCAGUACGUUCUGAAGACUUCUCAGUUGAGAACAAGUCCUUCAGAAGCUCCUGUUCCAGACCAGCCCCUGUCCAUUAUCAGCCUCGGCACCUCUCCCUCCUGUGAAGGACCCCCCCCUGUCUGUCCUGCACCCAGAAGCAAGAAGACACCCAAGAAACCACAGCCCAAAGAUAUCCCAAUCCAAAUCUACUGUGCACAACAGCCUUCAACUCCAAACAUCCCUACGGCUCCUCCACCUCCACCUCCUCCUCCUCCUCCUCUUCCUCCUCCACCAAAUGCCCCCCCACCUGUCAAAGCUUCCUCUGAGGACAAACCAAUGGCUCUUAGUGAAAAAGAGACCCCUCCGUUUCCCGCCAAGCAAAUGCUCAAACAGAAUAUAGGAACAAUGGAUGAAGUCUUGGCUUCACUGCAGCGUGGACAUAGUCAGCUUCGAAAGGUCCUUGAGCCCAGGACAGCGCCCCCUGCUGAGGACCCAAGGAGUAGUCUGAUGUCUGCAAUUCGACAGGGUGUCACUUUGAGGAAGAUGGUCCCGAAACGUGCAGAACUUCAGAGCAGCGGCGACAACGAGCUGGAGCGCAGCAUUAAAGCUGCCAUGAUGAGGAUGAAGAAGGUGGCGGCUGACUCUGACGAGGAGGACAGGGGAGAUGAUGGGACACGCAGUACAGAUUGGGACAGCUGAGGCUCACAUGCACACACAGAUACAUACACCAAUGAAGAUGUUCCGUCAUCGCUGCUCGUCUCUUUUCUUCAUGAUUCUGAGCUUCAUUUUAUGUUUUCCUGAAAGCUUCUGUUUUUCACAUGGACAGGAUUACACCUAGUCUGACUAAAACCGUAUGCAAAAGAUGCACAGUAAUCAUAGUUUUUUUUAAUUAGCCUUGAGAUGUUGAAAUGAAUGCAACUAACCAGCAAAUGGAUGAAAUUAUGAUUUCUUCCAAAAUAAGCAAAUGAGACAUUGUGUUUCAGCAGUUAUUUGAGAAGAAAGGCCGAGCAGUAGUACUGUAGUACACUGUGUACACGAUUGAAAUUCUCCCAGCUACAUUUCUAAGGGCCUUCUGUGACUUUCACAGCAGGGAAAUUCUCCACUGCAGGCACAGACAAACACUCUAAAAAGAAAAAAUGUGAAACACACUGUAGAGCCUAAAACUCAUUUUUACUUUGAAUGUAAUAAAUGUAAAUCUCAAUGAUUGUUUAUUGACAAAACUUUACCCCAACUAUAGCUAUGGCUUACAAAAUCGUCUGUUUUCAUCUUGUUUUUCAAAAAGCAAAGGAGGAGUUACGUUUGGAAGUGAAGCAGUGAUAAUCAUUUACAACUACAAUGUCACAGUUUAUGUUUUAGGCUGUUUGAUGCACUGUCCUUCUGGUCUGUGUCUAAAAGGUGUGAAUGUGUUAUGCCUUAAAUAGGGUGUACUUCAUUGUGUGAUGGGCUGUUUUUUUAUCUAUGAUGUCAUAACAAAUGAUGUGACAGAUAAAUAAUGCAAAUUAGUUAUUUGCCUCCUGGUUGCUAUUGCUGUUUAAGGCAAAUGGCCAUUAAACAUGUGACUCAGCACUUACUUAAACUUCUCAAAAAGACAAGUCUGUUAUGUUAUAUUAUAUAUGGCAAACAUCAUUAGUUCGCAUACGAAAUUAAUUCUUGCACUUAAACAUAAAACUUCUGAAUGUGCAAAGAUCCUUAUUCCAGUGUCUCUGAGCUGUGGAUGGAUGAUGGUCGAGAACUUGUACUGUGUUUUAAUAAUAAAUGAAGACAUGUAAAAUCA